UUUAGAGAAUUUAUAUGAUCUUUUCUAUCACAGCAGAUUCAGGAACAUUGUGAUGGAUGCUUCUCCUGCAGCACCACCUGCUGGAAGUGAGUUUCUCUCCUCAAACUGAGACUCCUUGCUGCAUUGCCUCCCUGCUCUCCUAGUGAGUCAGCAUUUGAGCUGCAGGUCAAUAAUCUCUGAUGACCAUGGAGCACUUUAUCGUCUCAUUUUAAGACUCCGGGUGAAGAGGAGACUUUGUUUUAGCACUUCCAAAUCUUAAAUUUUCUAAAACAACUCUCCAAUAAAAGAAAUUAAUGGAUCAAUUCCAAGGAUUAUUUGAUAAACUAGACCAGAACAGGGAUGGGUUUAUAUCGGUGGCAGAACUCCACGAAGAAAUGAGGAAACAUGGGAUCCUCUCAGCAGAUGGAAAGGCUCAGCGCAUCGUUGAUUCUUACGACACAAACAAAGACGGCUUGCUGGAUUAUGACGAGUUUCUCAGAUACAUGUUGGACAGAGAGAGGAAGUGGAAAAUUUAUUUUCAUGACCUUGACAAGAACAAUUGUGGAGUGAUUGACCAGGACGACAUCAUAUGUUUGUUUAAGGAGUUAGGAGUGGUCAUUUCAAAGCCCAAUGCAAAAAAAAUUAUAAAAAUGAUGGAUAAGGACAGCUCCAUGACGGUGGACUGGAGUGAAUUCCUGCACCACAUCAUCCUCAACCCGGUGGACAGCAUCGGGGAGCUCAUGUCCUCCUGGAAACACAACUUGGUUUUCGAUGUAGGGGAGAGUCGUGCCAUGCCCAUUGAGUUCCCAGAUGAGGUGUCUGGUUUUGGUGCUUGGAAGACGUUUGUUCUGGUGGCAGGUCUUUCUGACGCCGUGUCCCGUACUGCCACAGCACCAAUAGACCGGCUGAAAACCCAGCUUCAGGUUCAAGGAUCUAAGGCCUUCUCUCAGGGGCUUCAGGAGCUUAAAGGAGGUGGUUUGAGGUCAAUGUGGCAAGGGAACACUAUCAAUGUCCUGAAAGGAACUCCACAGUCAACGCUGCAGUGUCUUAUCUAUGCACAGAUGAAGGUUCUCACCCAAAACCAAAGCCAGCAGGCCCUGACGGUGCAGCAGCGCUUUGGUUUAGGUUGCAUCUCAGGAACUGUUGCUCAUGCUGUCUUCUACCCCUUAGAGGUGUUGAAGGUGAGGCUGAACCUGCAGCGAGCCGGCACCUAUAAUGGCGUCAUGGCCUGUGCUCGUUCUAUUUACAGGAACGAGUCCAUGUCCUCCUUUUACAGAGGUUUCAAACCCAGCAUCCUUUGCAUGAUCCCCUACGCUGGUGUGGAGUGUGCAGUUCACCAGUCGAUUAUGAACUGGGCGAAGAACCAUCCAGACUACAAGAGUGACUCCAAAUUGUUUUUCUUCAGCUUUGUGGCUUUUGCCUCUGGGCAAAUAAGUAGUUACCCGCUGGCGGUGAUUCGAACUCAGCAGCAAGCGCAGGCUUUUGUUUUAGCGUCAAGCCCAUCUUCUGGGGUAUUACCAGGACUUAUUGGGAUUUAUGAAAGAAAUGGAUUUAGAGGAUUCUACGAUGGCAUGGGGGCCAGCUUCAUCAGGGCCAUUCCAUGUGCGCUGAUAAACUACACUCUGACAAGAACAUUUGAAAAUCUGUUUUCUUCCAUGGAGCCUUGAGAAACAACAAUUAACUGUCCUAAAGACACAGCAGUGGCUUCUGUUACACAAUUUUGAUCUUUUCUACUUGUGAGAAGGAAAUCAUCCAGAAACAGUAAUCCUGACUGUGGGUAGAUGCAUGAUUAACUUGAGACACAUAAUGUGAUGAACUCUGUGUGUAAAUGUGUUCUUAUUUGUUAUGUUUAGUAAAUUAUUGGAAAUACCAUCAGAAAUUUUCAAGCUUCUGUUACAUUUAUGUGUAUGCAAUAAAAUAGUUGUGCUGAGCCAUCUAUGCACAAUGAAAUUUAUAGUGUUUCUGAAAUAACUAUUGCCAAAUAGUUAUGGGGUUGUAAAAAUUUCACAAUGAGAUGUCAUUCCUGCUUCAGCACAGUUUCC